CUUCUUUUCUGGCUCUUUUCUGUUGUCAUUGUCAUGGCAUUUGUCUGCUGUCAUGUCACUAGGGGUGUCAUUUAGCAUGCAGUUGGGAUUAUAGUGACAUUAGAAGUUGACUGAGGGACACUAGCAGCCAUCUCUAUCUAGCCAGUUUCAGCCAGCCACCUGAAGAGGGACUUCUGUCCUUCAGGUAUCCUGACCUCAAAAAUAGGAAGAUUGUGAUGGGUUGGAAAUUCAGCAGGGUCACCAGGCCUGCAGCUGAGGGGGAGGCCACAUUGUUCUGACCCUGCUCUCCUUUCCAUUCCAGAGCUGAGCCUGUCUGCGGGGUGCCUGCAGCUGGAGCACAGGAGGACCGAGUUCACCUCCUCUGGGAUUAGGAACCUCUACUUUGACACCCAUGCCGUGGUGUGCCUGCUGGAAGAAAAUGGUUUUACUACUCAACAAGCAGAAAUCAUUGUCUCUGCACUGGUCAAGAUCAUGGAGACCAAUAUGAACAUCGUCUACAAAGACAUGGUCACCAAGGUACAGCAGGAGAUCACUCUUCAGCAAAUAAUGUCUAAGAUUGCUAAUGUGAAAAAGGAUAUGAUCAUUUUGGAGAAGAGUGAAUUUUCAGCUCUCAGAGCAGAAAAUGAGAAAAUAGAACUUGAACUACAUCAAUUAAAGCAACAAGUAAUGGAUGAAAUGAUCAAAGUCCGGACAGAUACCAAAUUAGACUUCAAUCUGGAAAAAAGCAGAGUAAAAGAAUUGUACACAUUGAACGAAAGGAAGCUGCUGGAAUUGAGGACAGAAAUCAUGGAAUUGCAUGCCCAGCAGGAUCGCGCCCUGACGCAGACAGAUAGGAAGAUAGAAACAGAGGUGGCUGGCCUCAAAACCAUGCUUGAGUCGCACAAGCUCGACACCAUCAAGUAUCUAGCAGGUAAGCUGUCUGGUGUCUGAGUGUUCAAACAACAUGGCAAGGAAAUACGUCAAACUUUACAGAAGUCAAAUAAUGCAUUUCAUUGAUUCUAGCACUUCUUUUCAUGGAAAGCUUCUUGUAAUUUUCAAUAGAUGAAGUAUUAUACUUUCAUUGGUAUUUUUUUCUUUCUUACUAUCCUUUCUUUACUCACUAGUAAAAUAGAAAUAAUGGUGUACUUUACAAUUGAACAAGUCAUAAAUUAUAUCAUAAAUAUCAUUGGAUUAUGGCUAUUGGGAUUUUAGAGGAAUUCAACAAAGGAAAUAUUUUAUGAAUAAAAGAGAAGGUAUUUGAGUUGUGAUCUUUCUGCUUUGAUUGAUAAUACUCCUUUUAAGGGGUCAUUUUGCAUUUGCAAUUUUUGAGCCAAAAGAGGGAAUGUAGAUUCAUGUAUCAGAAACAAAAACAUAAGCUGAGCAGUGGCACAGCAGCACCUUAACAAGGCCCCAUCUCAAAAUUUAAAAUUUUAAUAAAGGACUGAGGACGAAGCUCAGUGGUAAAGUGCCCUGGGAUUCAAUCCCCAGUACCUCUCUCCCACCCGGGGAUGGGGAUGUGGCUCAGUGGUAGACCACCUAACCUAGCAUGCAUAAGGCCCUGGGUUCAGUCCCCAGCGCUACAGCCAAUCAAACAAUGCAGAAAUUAUUUCAGAUCGGUUUUAAAAGCUUAGAUUAAUCAGAUAUUUUAAAGUUAUAACUAUAUAUAUUAAAAUAUGUGUACCUGAAUCAUUCACAUGUAUAUGUGUUUGCAUACAUCUAUGUGGAUGUACAAACAUAUAUGUAUGCUUUGUGACCCAGAGUCUUUGUGAUUAUAAACUUUCUUUUUUUAUAUAUAUAAUUUUUUUUUAGAGAGAGAGAGAAUUUUUUAAUAUUUAUUUUUUUUUAGUUUUCGGCG